UUUGGUGAAGCGGUGGCUGGCUACGAUUGUCAAAUAAAAAUAAAUAAUUCCGACCCUUCCGCUCCACGUCUACGAUUUUUCAAUCAAUCAACCUGAAACCCUAGAAAUUCAAUCUUCCCCUAAUUGCAAUAACAAUCGUUCGUGAAUUGAUCUGGGCAUUGAAAUUAGGGUUUGAAGAGAAGAAGACAUGGAUGAUUGCUGUGCUGUCUGCGCCGAACCAUUGGAAUGGGUUGCGUACGGACCUUGUUUGCAUCGUGAGGUUUGCUCCACCUGCGUUGCUCGUCUCCGUUUCAUUUGUGAUGAUCGACGUUGCUGCAUCUGUAAGACCGAAUGUAAUCUCAUCUUUGUUACCAAGGCUCUUGGAGAUUAUACAAGGGUGAUCAAUGACUUUUCAUCCCUGCCGUCUGAGGUGAGGGAAGGGAAGGUUGGACCGUACUGGUACCAUGAGGAUAUGAAUGCAUUUUUCGAUGACGUGGACCAUUACAAGAUGAUCAAGGCUAUGUGCAGGCUUUCUUGCAGUGAAUGCGACAAGAUGGAGGAGCAACAAAAUGAUGGUUCAAGGCGACAAAGGUUUAGGAAUAUAGGGCAGCUGAAGGGUCACUUAUUCCAUCGUCAUAAGUUGCAUAUGUGCAGUUUGUGUUUGGAGGGAAGGAAGGUGUUUAUAUGUGAGCAAAAACUAUAUACUAGAACCCAGUUGAAUCAACACAUAAGCACAGGUGACUCCGACGUGGAUGGAAGUGAGAGUGAGAGAGGUGGUUUUAUGGGGCAUCCUAUGUGUGAAUUUUGCAGAACCCCGUUUUAUGGGGACAAUGAACUGUACACACACAUGUCUACGGAACAUUAUACUUGUCAUAUAUGCCAAAGGCAGCACCCGGGACAAUUUGAAUACUAUAAGAAUUAUGAUGACCUUGAGAUCCACUUCCGACAACAACAUUUCUUAUGUGAAGAUGAGGCUUGCCUUGCCAAGAAAUUUAUUGUUUUUCAAUCUGAAUCAGAGAUGAAGAGACAUAAUGCUACGGAACAUGGAGGGCGUAUGUCACGGUCAAAGCGUAAUGCUGCUCUUCAGAUACCAACUAGUUUUCGAUAUAGACACAAUAAUGAACAGGAUCAACGCCGUGGAAGAGGCCGGAUAUUUCGUCGUGAUCAUUCUGAAAAUCAACUUUCCAUGGCCAUUGAAGCCAGUUUGGAGACUGCUAAUGCUGAGCAGACAUAUCGUGAGCCAACUUCAAGUAAUGGGCCAAUUGCUUAUGAUGACGGAGAUGCACAUAUUGAUUCCAUCGUUAAUCCGUUUGAAUCAUUAGCUACUGCAGAUUCUGAAUCAACAUCAAGAUACCGUCAGGCCUUAGGGCACAGCUCUAAACCUCUGGUAGACUCUUCCUUUCCUCCACUUCCUGGCCAGGAAAGGUCCAAACACGAGUCUGAAGGUUCAUCUAGCAAUACCAUGGCUGCACGUUUACGUCGGCAUGGCAACAGAAAUGUAUCUGUUAUUAAUUCUGGAAAUGCCUGGUCUGUACCAAGUCGUGGACCUGUACAACCUUCGCAAUCUAAAAAGACAACAAAUCGUGCUCUUGGAGGGUCUCAAAAUUCUGGCCAGAUGAAGACAGUAAUUAACAGUGGACUUCCAGCAUCAAGUUUUGCUAAUUCUAUUCAAGCUGCACAUAGAACUGCUCACGGUAAACUACCUGCUGGUCCAUCGAGGGACACACGUGACAAUGAAAAAAUUGUUCACUCUGCAUCAGCUCCAAACCUCGUUGAGAACAACCCUGUUGGAGUUUCAAUUUCUGAUUUUCCUCCAGUUUCUGCUGCACAAGUGAGCAAGUUACCUACAAGUAGCCAGCCUCCGCUGAAUGUGGAGAAUGUUCAGUCUGCCAAUAAGUCCUUGGUUGAAAAGAUUCGUAGUGCGCUUGAUUUUGACGAAGAUAGAUACACUGUAUUUAAAGACAUAUCUGCUCAAUAUCGCCAAGGCACAAUAGAUACUGAUACAUAUGUGGACUGUGUCCAGCAGUUUGGCCUGUUUCAUCUUGUACCUGAGCUGGCAAGACUAUGCCCGGAUGCUCGGAAGCAGAGAGAACUUGUGGAGUCUUACAAUGCUGGUUUGCAAAGAAACGCUUUCCAAGAAAAUGACGGGGUUUAUGGCGGCGCUAGCACCCAUCGCAAGGACAAAAAUGUCGACAAGAAAGGUAAAGGUAAGUCGUUAGAUGUUAGGCGGAGUAACUCCACUGAUAGAUUAGCAGAUAGCUUUUUAAGCAGUGUUCAUCAACUACAGUCAAGUUAUAAACCUUCAGAAGAGAAGCUGGAGGUGCUAUCAAAGGGUGCUUAUCGCACUGACAAAGGUAAAUUAAAAAUUGAGCCGCAGAUUCAAACAAACUCUAGUAGUCAACUUAAGACUAAGCUUGGUGGGCAGACUGAAACUUCAAAUGGCAGUUUAUCUAAUCAAAAUAAGGAGGAUGGGGGUGGUGGGAACAAGCAACGCAAGAAAGCUUCCAAGUUCCUCAGAGUGCGCCUUGGUGAUGGUUCUGCUUCGGCCCUUCUAGAUCUUGAAAACUCACGGACCACUUCUGAUCCUGGAACAACAGACACUUUAAAUGGCAACAAUAAUGAUUCUGGAGUUGGGCUGCCUGUACGAGGUGUUUGGCGAAAGGGGGGAGGUCAAAAACUCUUCCCCUGAUUCUGCUCGACUGUGGCUUUGAAAAUUGGGCAGAAUUGGCUUGUAGAAACCACAGUUAAAAAGGAUUGAACAUAAAGAAUUGAAUUUUUGCUUAGGAGGUAAUCAUUUCAUGGUAUCAAAUUUGAGUUAGAUUUCAAGUACAGCAAGCUGGCAUGGGUAUUUUGUUGUUCUGUUGAAGGCUGAAUUCCAUUGGCUGAAUGGGAUGAUUUUGGUUGGUUUGGGGUAUAUUUUGUUCAAGUGUUCAUAUGAAAGUGGGCACCAAGGGUACUGUUUGCUUUGUACUCAAGUGGUGCUUUCUUGUUUUCUUACUAUUAGUGUUCCAAGUAUUUACUAUUUAGAGUCACAAGUCUGAAUGAUAGAAUUCAUGUCGGCCGGUGUCCUGAUAUGAGUACUAGAGAAAUCUAUCUGAAUAUUUAUAAAACGAACAUGAACAUCAAAGAUUGAGUAUAUGCGUGGAAUUUUUGGAUUAUACCUGCGGAAA